CUAUGAGUUCCUGAAACUAUCCGGAAAAACAAACAAUUUAUCUAGGGCACACAAUUGAAUCGACCAGCUGUAAUAGUAGUUGUAGCAGAAGAAGCAGAACUAAGCAGAGCAAAAUUUCCCACAAAACUUGUAUCAAUGGCGGAUUCUCCGUCUCUUCCUCCACCACCAGAAAUCAAACAAGAAAUCAAAACAGAAAUUAAAUCAGAUUCAGAAAAUCAAACAGAUCCUUCUCUUCCUCCUCCAUCACUAUCUUCAUCAACGUCAUUACAAUCUUCAUCACCAUCUUCUUCUUCUCUUACACAUGUAUCGGAAUCCCCUAAUACAAAUCCAUCAGCAGUAACUCUACAACCUCCACAAUCACUACCACCACCUCCAUUGAUUCAAUCGUAUCAGCCUAAUACAGGAACAAUACCUCCUCCAGGUUUACAAUUUCGUCCGAUCCCACAGUUUUCAUCAAUUCCAAAUCCUAAUAUGCAAAACCCUAAUUUUCAGAACCCUAACAUUCAAAACCCUAAUGUUCUACCUCCUGGUGUAAAUCCUGGUGGUGCUGGUGCUGUUAGUAUAUCUGUUUCGCCUUUACGUCCACCUGGUAUGUAUCAAGGACCACCUUAUCAGCAGAUGCCUAAUGGAUACUCGACUAUGCCGCCAGGAUCGAUUCCUCCUCCCGGAAUGCUUCGUUACCCCAAUCCUUAUGCUUCCAUGGUUCGACCCGCAUUUCCUCGUCCACCAGGAACAAUGGGUAUGCUUCCAUUGUUGUCACGUCCUCCUAUGCCAGGGAUUCGUGGAGUUCCUCCAAUCAUCCAGCCAGUUGUCAGGCCAGUUGUCCCUAUUGUUGCUCCGACUGAGAAACCACAAACCACAGUUUAUGUUGGAAAGAUAGCUUCUACUGUAGAAAAUGACUUCAUGUUGCCUCUUCUGCGACUUUGUGGACCUGUCAAGAGUUGGAAGCGUGCUCCAGAAUCAAGUGAUGGAACCCCAAGAAGCUUUGGGUUCUGUGAGUUUGAGUCAGCAGAGGGGGUUCUUCGAGCCCUGCGCCUACUAACCAAAAUCAACGUUGAUGGACAAGAGUUGGUGCUAAACGUUAAUCAAAAAACAAGAGAAUACUUGGAGCGCUAUGUUGAAAAGAAAACUGAGAGGGAGAAAUUGAAGGAAACUGAAACUGAUGGUACUGAAAAAGAAGAAGAGUCUGCUCCUGGAGUUGAGAAGAAAGAACCUCUAAAACCCUCUUUGGAGGACCCAAAGAAGGAUGUUAAUGAUUCAGCUGAUAAUGAGAAACAGGAUACUACUCAGAAUUUCGGGGUUGUUACUGAUGAAGACCGAGAAGCUGAUCAGGAUGUUAUGGAUAAGCUUAAAAAUAUGAUUGAAGAAAGGUUAAAGACCAAACCUCUCCCCCCUCCCCCAGCACUAACUCCUGCCGAUGCUUCUGGAAAGUCGAACUCUGAAGUUCCAACUAAAUCGAGAGAUGCGGAGUCGGAUAUCGAUAUCAUGAAAACUGAUGUAGCGGAAGAUAAAAUUGAUGAUGAGAUGACUAGUGAAAACAAAACUACCAGUGAGCAUGAUACAGCUGAAACAAGCUCACCUGACAAGAAUAGAAGGCAUGAUAGGAGAAGCAGAGAUAGGGACAGAGAGCGAGAUCUGAAAAGGGAAAAGGAGCGAGAGUUGGAAAGAUACGAGAGGGAAAGAGAGAGAGAAAGGGUAAGAAAAGAGAGGGAAAGAGAAAUAAAAAUACGGGAAGCCGAGCGAUUGUACAAGGAGCGGGUUAAGGAAUGGGAGUCUAGAGAAAGAGACAGAGAAUAUCAGCGCCAGCAUGAAAGAGAGCGGGAGAAGGAGAGGGAACGUGAGCGCAAGAGGGAGAUCAAUGAUCAGGAGAGUGAUAGUGAUGAUGACAGCUCAAGGAAAAGGAGACGUAGGAGUAGUAUGGUUGAGGAGAAGAGGAAAAAGAGACUACGGGAAAAGGAGGAGGACAUGGCAGACCGAAUAAGGGAAGAGGAAGAAAUUGCUGAAGCAAGGAGGAGAGCAAUCGAGGAGCAGCUGCAACGCAAAAAUGAACCCGAGAAUGUUCCAGAUCAAGUCAAUGGUGGAAUGGAGGAUGUUGUCAUGGUAGAUAAUGCUGUUGAGGAUCGGGAGGAUGCAGUUGAAAAAGCAAAUGAGAUUGAUUCUCUUACGAGCAAUCACACUGAUGACGUGGCAAUGGCCAAUGGUAAUAGUGGCGAUGACUCGAGCAUGUUAUCAGUUAGUGCUUCUGAUAAUAGGCAUUGCAACGUUCCAGCUCGGAAGUUAGGGUUUGGUCUGGUAGGAUCAGGAAAACGAACAACUGUACCUUCUGUUUUUCAUGAAGAGGAUGAUGAUGAGGCAAACAAGGAUAAAAAGAUGAGGCCUCUAGUUCCCAUUGAUUAUUCUACAGAGGAAUUACAGGCCGUACAACCUACUGCUGCUUCCGGGGCAGCACCACCAAAUUUGGCUGCGGCAGCACCACCAAAUUUGGCUGCGGCAGCAGAAUUUGCCAAACGUAUUUCCAGUGUUAAUCCCAAAGAAGAAAGGUACGAAGUGGAAAGGGAUAGAAAUAGACGCUCUGGUGACAGGUCGAGUCACCGUGAUCGAGAUCGAGACCGGAACGAUGAGGAGAGUAAUCAUGUAAGAGAUGAGGUGAGAGACAAGGCUCAUGACAGGGAAAGAGAGCGAGAACAUGGUCUAAAUAAGCUCAAGACACCAGAAAAUAAGAAGCUUUUGGACGCGAAACAGUUGAUUGAUAUGAUACCAAAGACAAAGGAGGAGUUGUUUGCAUAUGACAUAAACUGGGACGUGUAUGAAAAGCAUGAGCUACAUGAAAGAAUGAGACCAUGGAUUUCUAAGAAAAUUACAGAAUUCCUUGGGGAGGAGGAGCCGACAUUGGUUGAUUAUAUCGUGUCUAGCACCAAAGAACAUGUUCGUGCAUCCCAAAUGCUGGAGCUGCUUCAAUCCAUCUUGGAUGACGAGGCAGAAAUGUUUGUGCUUAAAAUGUGGAGGAUGUUAAUCUUUGAGAUCAAGAAAGUAGAGACGGGUCUCUCCUUGAAGCCCAAGGCUUGACCACCAGAUUCAUGUUUUUCGUUUUCCUUGUUCGCUAGCUGUAUUUGUUCCUCGCUGUCUCCUUGUUAUUUGUCUAAGUACACAUCAGACAGAAAGGAAAGGUUUAUUCAAUAGCAAUCAAUACCAAUUUUGUGCUUCGAAA